AUGUUAAUAUGGCAUCGGCGUGAUUUUGCGUACCUUUUGGAGCGCAAUUGCACCCUGGCGAUAUUAUGUUCUUGUUCUAAUGAUCGCCUUGAUCGCCUUGAUCGCAGAAAUGACCCAAGUCGGCGCUUGAAGUCGAAGUUUGUGGUGUUGAACGCGGAGAAUGGUUAA